AGCAUACUGUCUUAGAGAAAAAAAACUCAUAUUCUUAAUUUCUUCCUUCUUAUUAUCUCCUUCUCCUUUGAAAAAAAAAUGUAUGACAAUUUUCCCUUCUAUGAUAUGCAAAUUAUACUUGCAGUCCUUCUAACUUUUGCUAUAUCAAUCAUUCUAUGGAUUUUUUUUUGGAAAAGUACAAAACUACCCCCGAAAAUUCCGGGAUCAUGGCCAAUCAUAGGUCAUCUCCGUGGUUUUGGUGAUGGCAAAAAUGUCCCUCUAGCGCGAACAUUUGGAAAACUAUCCGAUCAGUAUGGUCCGAUUUUCACUAUUAAGCUAGGUAUGUUUCGUUAUUGUGUGAUCAAUAAUUGGGAAGCCGCGAAGGAUUGCUUCACAAUUAAUGAUAAAGAACUCGCUGCUAGACCAAUUAGUCUAGCAGCUGAACAUUAUGGUUAUAAUUACGCGAGAUUCUCUUUUUCUAAUUAUGGUCCAUAUUAUUGUCAAGUACGAAAGCUCGUGCUACAAAAUGUUCUUUCUAGUACUAGGCUUGAAAAAGUCAAACACGUCCGAAUUUCUGAGGUGGAAGUUAGCAUCAAAGAGUUGUAUAACUCAUGUUGCAAGGGUGAAAAUCCGAACACGAUUAAUAUCAGUAAAUGGUUCGAGAAAUUAACUCUGAAUAUAAUCGUGAAGAUGAUUGCCGGAAAAAGAUACGUAUCUCUAGAGAAAGAUAAAGAGGCACAAUGUUUUAGAAGGGCCUUUGCUAAAAUAAUGUAUCUUGCCGGGGAAUUUAUUAUAUACGAUGCGAUUCCAUUUCAAAUUUUCAAAUAUGUGGAUUUUCAAGGACAUAUUAAGACCAUGAAGCAAAUUUACAAAGACUUGGAUGAUAUUCUUCAAAAUUGGGUUAAUGAACAUAUGGAGAAAAAGAAAGUUGAAGGUGAUAAUGAUAAUGAACAAGAUUGUAUAGAUGCAAUGCUUUCUGUGACAAAACCUGAGGAUUUCAAAGCCUAUGGUUAUUCAAGGGAAACAGUUAUCAAGGCUACAGUAUUGAGCAUGAUAUUAGAUGGUUCAGACACAACUGCAGUUCACCUAACAUGGCUCAUGUCCUUAUUAUUGAACAAUCCUCACGUCAUGAGCCAUGCCCAAGAAGAAAUAGACAAUAAAGUUGGUAAAGAUAAAUGGAUCGAAGAAUCUGAUAUCAAAGAUCUUAUCUAUCUCCAAGCUAUUGUUAAAGAAGCAUUACGCUUAUAUCCACCAGCACCUUUAUUAGUCCCACAUGAAGCUGUGGAAGAUUGUACUGUGGCAGGGUACAACAUCCCAAAGGGUACUCGUCUGUUCCCAAACGCAUGGAAGAUACAACGAGACCCACGAGUUUAUUCAGAGCCUGACAAGUUCAUGCCAGAGAGAUUCUUAAACAAACAUUCAAAUGUAGAUGCUCGUGGUCAGCAUUUUGAGUUCAUCCCAUUUGGUUCUGGAAGACGAUCUUGUCCCGGAAUUAAUUUCGCUACGCAAGUGGCGCACCUUACGAUUGGUCGAUUAAUUCAAGGAUUUAAUAUUGGUACACCAUCAAAUUUGCCUGUGGAUAUGACUGAAGGUCAAGGGAUUACUAUGCCUAAAGCAAAACCUAUGGAAGUUGUAAUCACCCCACGUUUGAAUUCUAUGUUUUAUGAACUUUAAUGUGAAAAAAUCGACUUUUGGACAUCGAUUUUAUUCUUGUUUUUUUAAGGGUCGAUUUUUUUUUUUAGUAGUGGCAUAAAGCUCCAAUAAAAAAUCCAAG